AACGGAUUCAUAUUUGAUCGCUGAAAAGGGAGAAGAAGAAGAAGAAGAAGAAGAAGAGGAAGAAAAAGGGAGAAAUGCAUUCUUUUGGGUACAGAUUUAAUGCUUUGUUAACGUUCGCCGUCACGAUUCUGGCGCUCAUGUGCGCCAUUGCCUCUCUCUCCGACAACCUCAAUACUCCUUCUCCUUCCGCCGAAAUCCAGGUUCUAAUCUAUACCCACAUGCCCAUUGAAUAUCAAUUGGUUCCAGAAGCAGCGGCAGGGGAAUGAUGAGGUCAGCCUGACAAUGAAUAUCUCAGCCGACUUACAGUCAUUGUUUACUUGGAAUACAAAACAGGUUUUCGUAUUUGUAGCAGCUGAGUAUGAAACCACAAAGAACUCCCUGAACCAAAUUUCACUUUGGGAUGCUAUAAUACAAGCGAGAGAAGAUGCCAGGUUUUGGAUUCACACCUCAAACAAAUAUCGAUUUGUUGACCAGGGAAUUUAUCUCCGGGGCAAAGAAUUCAACUUGACGUUGCAUUGGCACGUCAUGCGAAAGACUGGCAAGAUGUCUGCCGACAAGAUUGUCAUGUCAGGAUACCGGUUCCCUGAGGAAUAUAGAUGAUGCGGUUUCAUAGGUAUAUUUUCACGCUGUAACUUUAACCUUCCCUUUUGAUGUUGGGUAUUACUGUUAAAGGUCAGCUGUAUUAGAGAAUUAACACAAUUUCAUGCUUGAGAAAGUGAGAAAAUGAAUAUUGCUGAACUUUUCCAAACCUUCCUUUUUCUUGAUCUUUAGAUUGUCAGUAAGAUAGGAAAUUACUCGGAACACAAUCAUUCAAUGUUA